AAUAGUAUUAUGGCAUCUUGAUCCGGAACCAUCAUGUCUCUAAAGAUACUGCAAUGUGCAUCACUACGCUCUUUUCGCUUGGUUAAUGCUUCUGCUGCAUUUGUGUCAACAAUAUCUAACCCAGCAAGAUCUUACAUACAGGGGCAACUGUUGAAUGAAGAGAGGCAGUAUUUUUAUUAUAUUGAUCAUCAGGGCAUGUUAUUUUUGGAUGAUGCUAGAAUGAAAAAUUUUACCUCUUGUUUCAAAGAGAAAAAAUUCCUAAAAUUCUUCUUCAAAAGAGUGAAAUUGAACAGCAAAGAUAAUCAAACAGAAUGGCCUUAUGUUUCCCCUUGUGGUGAUGAAAUGAAUUACAUCAGAUGUGAUGACCUUCCUGUUGUGUUUCAAUCUAUAGUUUAUGAUGGUGAUACACCACAUUUAAGUUGGGGUGAUGAGCUUGGUUUGCUGAAAUUUCCAUUAGAUUUGUCAUCAAUUGCAAUGUGCCCAAAAAGUGGUAGAGUUUAUCAUCCUGCGCCUUUCCGUCAAGGUAGCAUAGGCCUGAUAAAAUCUAAACUCGCCAUUGAACUCUCAAACGACUUGGUUUUUGAGGAUAAUGCAACUUUACCCUCUGGAAUCAUUUGGAAAGAUCAGCUUUUUCCACUAAAUCACAAGAUAUUAGACAUUCUAGACAAUCGACAAAGUAUGGGAAGAUAUUCAGAGAUGACGGAAUGAAAGCCUCAAACAAUUGACUACUAUGACAGUACAAUUGUAUAAUGUUUGUAACAUUAAUUGUAUAACUGUAAGAAACGUAGAAUUUAAAGAGAAAGCUUAUUCUGAGAGUUAAAAAGGCUGCAGUUACUGCAAAGUUUAAAGUUUUGAGAGUUUUAUUACAUAUAUAUAC